AUGGUUCUCCUCCUCAUGACCCCGGCCAUAGCAGCCGCCCUCGACAGCUUGCCCGCCUCAAUCCGUGACGAGCUCUCCCUACCAACUGCUCCUGCGAACGCCGCGAUAUCCCACACACAGCUCACUGCCCUCUCCAGAUACCUUGUAUCCAACCCUCGAUCCGCAGAGAAACCCACAGAUCCAUCUAAUGGAGCUGUCAAUCGAUGUGAGCGCUUCUCGCUCAACUCGCUUCUCAAGGGCACCAGGGUCUAUGUUCCCCCCCCUCCACCAAAACCGGACCCUACGCCCGAAUACCUCGCCCUAAAAGCUUCUCUCCUCGCCGCCGAGGAAGCAAGAAGGUACAAUGCUCUCCUAAACGCGGCCUCCUCAAGCUCUCCAUCUCGGAUUUGGGGACUCAACGACCCUCCAGCAACAAACAUAUAUACACAUCCCAAACACCACCACCACCACAACAACGACAACAACAACAACAUAAACAUAAACACCAUCAACGAUCUCGACGCCGACGACCCAUUAACCCCAUCCGUGGUUCUCAACAUCCUUGUCUCGAUCCUCUUCACGGGUUUCGCAACGUACUGGGCCCUCUCCAACUUCCGCAUCCCGACCUUCUUCACAUUCACAUCAUCAGCGGCGCCGUCACAUCCCGGCACCGUCUCUUCACAGCCUGCACGGGUGUUUAUUUCGAUGCUCGUCGCACUGCUGGUGGGCGUGGCGGAGGUGGGUAUUUUUGCGCUGUAUUUGAGGAAAGUGGAGUUGGCGAGGGAAAGGGAAAGGGCGAUUGUUGAGAGGAAGGUCGUGAUUGGGGAGGUUAAGAUUGGCGGAGGUAACGGGAGGCAUGGUGGUGAUGAUGGGUCCGCGGUUAGCAUUGACGAUACGAAGGGGGCGAAGGAGGAAAUAUGGGGACGGGGAGUUAAUGGCGGAGCCCGCAGGAGGGUUAAAGAGCGGUGGAAAGGGAGGGAUGGUGAUGCUGAUGGUGAGGGUGAUGAUAGUAAAGAUGUAAAAUAG